AUGAGAAAAUCUCAAAUCCAGAUCAACCGGAAUUAUUUGACAUUUUCCUGGAAGCUCCUUGUUUCUUCACUGAUCAUUUCUUGCCUUGCUGUUCUUUGUGGCAAAUUUCUCAUAUCUGAUUCACAUUUAACAAAAGACAAAUCAUGGGCUGCUGAUGCUGAUUCCAGUGGAUGGUAUCUUGCCACUAAGGAUGCAGAAUCAAAAUUCAAUAUUCCCCACUGUGACAUUGAGAAGAGAUCAAUACUGGAUGUUACCAGUGAGGAGUUUGAGCAGAAAUACAAACUGAAAAAACCUUUGAUUUUCACUUUCCCCAAUGGGGCUCAAGAUUGGACUAGUAGCAUUAAGUGGUCCCGGCGGUCACUCAAGAAAAAAUAUGGACACUGGUUUGUUCAGACUGGAAAUGCUCUUGAGAUUGUGCGGCAUGGAGGAAAUGGAAAUUUGAAAAUGUAUUUUGAACGUUUUGUGGAUGAUGAUAUGAACAAGACCAAUUCCCGUGGAGAACCAUUGUAUAUAUUUGAUAGAUAUUUUUACAAAGAUUCUGACUUAUCUGCAUCAAUGAAAGUUCCAAAGAUCCUCAAGUUCAAGUUUUUCCAUUCUUUCCAAUUUUUCUUCAUUGUUAAUUCCUUCUUGAGUCGUCCUUUCUUUCUGUCUUUCAUGUGCUUUCUUCUCUCAAAUACAUUCAUUUUUAUCUCUCAUGUAGUUUCUUUUCUGUGUCCAGCGUACUUUCUUUUCUGUGUCCAGCGUACUUUCUUUUCUGUGUCCAGCGUACUUUCUUUUCUGUGUCCAGUGUACUUUCUUUUCUGUGUCCAGCAUACUUUCUUUUCUGUGUCCAGUGUACUCCUUUUCUGUUCCUUACAUAUUUUCUUUUUGUGUCUUGUAUACUUUCUUUUCUGUUACUCACAUGCUUUUUUCUGUCUCCCAUGCACUUUCUUUUCUGUCUCAUGUACUUUCUUUUCUUUCUCUGAAAUACAUUCAUUUCUAUCUCUCACAUACUUUCAUUUUUAUCUCUCAUGUAGUUUCUUUUCUGUGUCCAGCGUACUUUCUUUUCUGUGUCCAGCGUACUUUCUUUUCUGUGUCCAGUGUUCUCCUUUUCUGUUCCUUACAUAUUUUCUUUUUGUGUCGUGUAUAUUUUCUUUUCUGCUACUCACAUACUUUUUUCUGUCUCUCAUGCACUUUCUUUUUUAUCUCUCACAUACUUUUUUUUCUGUCUCAUGUAAUUUCUUUUCUGUGUCUUGCGUAGUUUCUGUUUCUUGCAUAUUUUCUUUUUUGUGUCUUGCAUACUUUCUUUUCUAUCUCUCACAUACUUUCCUUUUUAUCUCUCACAUACUUUCCUUUCUAUCUCUCGCAUACUUUCCUUUCUAUCUCUCGCAUACUUUCCUUUCUAUCUCUCACAUACUUUCCUUUCUAUCUCUCGCAUACUUUCCUUUCUAUCUCUCACAUACUUUAUGUUCUGUCACAUAG